AUGAAAGGUCUUACUGUUAGCGCAUCCGUCUCCCGUGACUCUUUCAGUUCCUUUCUCUUUGCUUUCCGUUCCCUUUACCGAUCUUGUAAAGCCGACACCAUUAAACCUCUUAUCUACUUCCCUGGUUACCACGUUCUAUCUCUUCGCUUUGUGCCUGCAGUGGACAAGUGUGAGCCAUUCACACUCGAUCAGUUCAAUGAAUUCCUCCCAGGUGUACCACCUAUUGUGUAUGGCUUUGCACGCGUUGGCAAUUGGUGCUAUAUUGUGGCACUAUUCAAACACAAUAUUGAUGUUAAUCGUUUGCCAUUUGAGUCCCCUCUGCCGGAUAGAAUUCAUCUCAGACUUUACCCAGCUAGAAAAAGAGAUGCUGCAAAGGUUCCACCUUUGGAACCUCUGACUACCUCGACAGCUCCUGUUGUCGCUCCUGCUCCUGGCGUCGUUGGUACGGCUGCUCCCCCCGCUGACCCCACUGGUUCUCAUGCCUCCGAUGACAGCAUUUCUUCUGGUGUGAAUGACUCUAGCUCCUCGUCGCUCCCCGCCGACUCUCCUUCUCCUUCUUCUCUUCUAUCCGCUACCGACUCCGUCGCAUCUGAACCGCCUGUAGAGGUGAUGAUUUUCUAUCCUGAUAUCGUUGCCACUGAUGAAGAUGAUCUUGUUAUGGAAAAUUGUCACAGCAGUGAUGUUCCUCAAUCACCUUACCAGCCGGCUAAAAAGAAACUUGUCUAUGCUGAUAACAAGCUACAUGCACUUGAAAUCCAAAACAGCUACCCCUCUGUUGUAAUGAGCGUUAGUCACUGUUUAAAAAUCUGCACGUGGAAUGUUAAAGGUGCUGCGCUUUCCACCUCUGCAGCUGAUCUCAAGUCACACCUAGACCGUUUCGCUGAUGACUAUGUAGUUAUUACUGAACUCAACAUCAGUGGAAGCGAAUCACUUUCCUCACUUUACCCAAACAAAAUCGUCCUCUGCUCCAGUGGUAUGGGUACAGGUGUAGCUAUCAUCAAACUCAAAGGCGGCGACCUAGAUUACAAACUCGAAACCAACACCAUCGAUCUGAUGGCUGGUGAUUUCAACUGUCUCUCACCCUUCUCUCCUUCCUUUUCUAAAGCAGAUGACGAGGAGCUAUGUCACACUAUAGAAAGUCUAGCUUCUGUCAACUCACUUGUAGAUACCGGUUUGUCCGCUGACACUCCCACUUUCAGCUGUACCAAUCACCCGCUCCCCAUUUCCCUCUCUCCUAGACGGUUGGAUCGUAUCUACGUCGCAUCCACAAUGCUAGGUGGUAACCCCGCUGUCGCCACCUAUUUCCAUAAUAAGAGUGAUCACUGCCCUGUCUCUGUCGACAUCAACCUCUCAAGUAAGUUUCAAGUAGGUAAGCGUUGGAUGGAAUGCCCAUCGGCAGUGCUCACCAACACUCUAAAAAUAAGAUCAAAGAACUCACUGAUCGUAUCAAUCAAAAGAUCUGACGGAGUCGUCACCACUUCACCUGAUGAGAUCAAAGAUGCUUUUUGGGACUUUUACUCUAAACUCUAUUCUAAAAUUGAUUGCUCAGCGUCUGCUCACUCCAAAUUGCUCAAGCAUUGGGUGGUUCCUGAUCAUAUCAAGUCGUCCUUUGAUGACUCUCCUGUCUCUCUUGAUGAAGUCAUCCAUGCAAUAAGCUCUACCAAACCUUCGAAAUCGCCUGGUCCCGAUGGCGUUACUGGACUGUUCUACACAACUCACAAAGACAUCAUUGCUCCAGUACUACUUGUCAACAGACUUAUCGCUUGGUUCUUCACCAGUGCACCUGAUGCCAAAGCAAAGUUCACCGCUUUGAUGUCUUUGGACAGGUCUUGCUUUCACUGGAAUGAUGGUGGUCUGAAUUUAUGGGAUCUAUCGCUUCGUUCUGCUGCUUAUAAGAUAUGGGUCUUUAAUAGAUUCCUGUUGUUAAGUAGAAGCAACUCAUUUGGAGUCACUGUCGAUUGCUCUGCAUUAACGCGUAAAUUUAAAUCUGAUUGGAAUCUUAAUCCUUCCAACUACGUGCCACCACUUUAUACUGUUGUUCAUCAACACGCAACUACUGUUAGAUCUAUUCUAUCCUAA